AGAGCGAUAGAGAGAGCAAGAGAGAGAGAGCAAGACGGAGAGAGAGAAGGUUGCAGGAAAAUAUAAGGCAACUGAACACAUCUGGGACUUGCCUCACACCGUGCGGUCUUUAUAUUCGGGAUGCUCCCAGGUUUCCUGGAUUCCCAUUGAUUCGCGCCUCCACUCAACCCCUUAUUUUUCCUCUCUCUCAUCUCCCCCUCCUCCCCUCCCCUCUUCUGUCUCCCAACCUACCCACUUCCCCCAACUUGGGUUGCUGUUGUCACACAGAGAGAGAGAGAGAACGAGGUGGUGGUUGUGUUUGGCGUUAGGAUUGAUCCCAAGUUAUCCUAGGAGUACGCCUUUGCCCCAAGCCCAGUUCCAGCCCCAAGUCCUCGCCCUCCACAUCGCAGUUGGGAUCUGGGAGUGCGUUCUCUGGGUGUCAGCCCCCUCCUGUUUCCCCCCCCAACGUCAUGUUGAGAUUGGUGAAAAUGGAAUCACACGAGAUGUCCGAAUGGAGCAACUUUUAUUCCGAUGGUUCGGAGUUUUACCCGGUGGUGAGCGGGAUGGGCGGGAGUGUGGGGGCAAUGAGUCCAGUGAACAGCUACGUGAGUCUGAACCCCGUCUCCCCUCAGCCUCCCCCCAACAUGUCCUACACCAACCUGAACCCCUCAACCCUCUCCGCCCUGACCGGGCCGGUGGGACCAAUGGGCAACAGUCUCUCGUCCAUGCAAACGUCCAUCAACGGGAACUUGGCUCCGAUGGGGGGUCAGGUCAACGUGGGGAACUCUCUGCCCCCCUACCAGGGAAUGGGACAAGCCUUGGGCCCGAUGGGGGUUUAUAACUCGCCCUCGUUGAGUUGUCCCAAAGAGGCCAAGCCUUACCGCCGGUCUCUGAGCCACGCCAAGCCCCCGUACUCCUACAUCUCGCUGAUAACCAUGGCCAUUCAGCAGUCGGCCAGCAAGAUGCUGACCCUGAACGAGAUCUACCAGUGGAUCAUGGACUUGUUCCCCUAUUACAGGGAGAACCAGCAGCGAUGGCAAAACUCCAUCCGUCACUCGCUCUCCUUCAACGACUGUUUCGUCAAAGUCCCUCGAGCCCCCGACAAACCGGGGAAAGGUUCCUAUUGGGCCCUUCACCCCGACUCUGGCAACAUGUUCGAAAACGGCUGUUACCUGCGGCGGCAGAAGCGCUUCAAGUGCCAGAGGGAGAAGCUGGGCCCCAGGGCGACCCCGGGGCCAGGGAGCACAGCCCCCGCCCACAGCUCGGAGGAUGAGGAAGAGGAGGGGGAGGGGGAGGGGGGGGAGUCCAGCAGGUCGGGGUCCUCACCUUUGCCGGAGGAGAGAGGAGUGGGGGGUGAGAUGGAAUGUCGGAGGUCAGACGGGACCGUGAACGAGAUGUCCCCCUCACACCAGGCAGUCGUUCAUCAGCUCCUCCAGCCCCCCCCGGCCCCCCACCUGACUGAGCUCCACGGAGACCUCAAGAUGGACGCUCAAUAUGGCUUCAACCACCCAUUCUCGAUCACCAACCUCAUGUCAUCAGAGCAGGGGCACAAGAUGGAUUUGAAGCCCACCUUCCUCUACAGUAAUGGUUACGGUUCCAACACCAACACCUCCUCCUCCUCCUCCUCCUCUGCGCUGGGAAAGCCGGGCUUCGAGGUCUCCUCGGAGAUUGGAAACCCCAAUCCUUACUACCAAGUGCUCUACAACCGAUCGCUGCUCAAUACCUCAUAAUUAUUAUUAUUGUUAUUAUUAUUUUUGCUUAGCCAAGCGGGUGUCUGUCACCCACAGAAACCUAUCACCAUGACCAGCCGGGUAUCUGA